AUGGUUCUCACUCCACGCCGCGGCACACACAUUGACGGCUGGCUUUGGCAAUGUGACAGAUGCAGAAAGAAAAGAAGUCUACGAACAAAUAGUUUUUUUUCGCAGUUCCAGAAGACCAAGCUGGAAAUUUUGGUUGAAGUGUUAUACUUUUGGUCCGCUGAAGACGGAGUAGUAAAAACCGCGCGACAUUUGGGAAUAAGCAAACACUUGGUGUCACGAGUGUUCAAAGCUUUAAGACGAAUAUGUUCUUUGGACAUUAUUCGUCGUCCAUUUUAUCCAUUCGGAGGGCCGCAUGACAUAUGCAAAUGUGACGAAAGUAUGUUUACUUAUAAGUCAAAGUACAACAGGGGGCGGCGAGCCAAGAAACAAACCUGGGUCUUUGGAAUUUCCUCCACUGAGUUUCAGCCAGCCAGGGGUUACUUCCAAGUCGUGGAGAAAAGGGACAGAGCUACCCUGAUCCCUUUAAUUCAAAUGCUGUUAAAACCCGGAAGUGAACUUCAUACAGACGACUGGGGAGCCUAUGAAAACCUUACUAGGCAUUCACCAAACGUGUCAAUACACAGAGUUGUUGUUCACAAUCGGCAUUUUUUAAACCCCGUGACCAGAGCUCACACCCAAGAAAGCGAGUCUGGCUGGGCAACAAUGAAAUUAAAAAUCGCUACCAAGAAAGGGAUCAGACCUCAAAAUCUACAGAUGUUUUUAGACGAACAGAUGUGGCGCGACCACAAAACUAGCAAAGGAGAAGAAUUUGAGGAUAUUUUGGCAAUUCUACCCCUAUAUUUUCCGAAUCCCCCUCAAUAGUUUCAUUCUCCCCAGCUAUAUGCGUAUAUAUAUUUACAAGUGGUGUAGUAACUACUCGAAAAGUAAUCGAGUAUUAACGAAAGUGUGCAUCUAUAUAGUGUUAGUGUAGUGUUAAAGUUAAUUU